UGAGUGAGGCAGGCAACGGCGUCCACCACCACAACAACCGUCAGUGGUUGAGUAGCGGUGGAAGGAGGAGUAUCUCUUGACUGUGUGUGGUGCUGCGUUGAAAGAAAAUUUCUGAACUUGAUGGUAGAAAGAUAUCGCUUUGUGUGUACGUGGAAAUUAGGGAUCUGUGCAUGAUCCCGAUAGAUUUGUUGUUGGGUGACAUAAUCAGAAAAUGGGUUUGGUUAAUGUAAAGCAGUGAUUUAGUGGAAAACAUCAGCAUGGAGGUGAUAGACACCCUGGACCGGGACUGCUCCGCGUUGGCCGGGCUCUUCCAAAUGGUUAUCAAUGACAUGAAGGGAAGCGGGCCCAUGUGGGAGGACUUCCUGACGCGGGCCAGCAAGCUGCAGCACGCCCUCAAGGCGAUGCUUGUGGCUCUUACUUCCUUCCUCGACGCCUUCCAGAGAAUUGCAGACGCCGCCACCAGCACCCGAGGAGCGACCAAGGAGGUGGGCGCUGCACUGACCCGCAUCUGUCUACGUCACCGAGCCGUGGAGACCCGCGUGCGCACCCUCACCAGCGCCCUGGUGGAGUGUGUGGUGCUGCCCCUUCAGGAGAGAGUGGAGGAGUGGAGACGCUCGCAACACGCCCUGGAUAAAGAUCACACCAAAGAGUAUAAGAAAGCCCGCUCGGAGAUCAAGAAGAGAGCAGAGAACGCUGCCCGGCUGCAGAAGAAGGCAAAGAAAGCUGGCAAGAACUCCGAACUCAACAAGGUCCUGGAGUCUACUGUGGUGGACCUUCGUGCUCGCUUUGGGGCGCUGGAGGAGGUAGAGAGGGCAGCGGUGCGCAAUGCUCUGACGGAAGAGAGGGCUCGCUACUGUGCCUUCGCCCACGCCCUCACCCCUGUCCUGGUGGAGGAGGUGGGGCUGGUGAGCGAACUGGGCCACCUACAGGAGGUCAUGACACAACUGGAGAAGCACUCAGCUGAUCCUCACACACUGCCACCUGCUAGUGAACAGGUGCUUCUGGACAUUAAGGGCGGCGAGGCUCAGUGGUCCUGGCAGACACCACCCUCAUCCCCAUCCUCUCUGGGCUCCCGCAAGUCGUCCAUGUGCUCCAUCUCUUCCCUCAACUCCUCUUCCUCCUCCUCCACCCACUCCCCCUCGCACCACACUCGGCCACGCUCAGUCAGCCAGGGCACGAGGCUGGUGAGUGUGUCGUCGCAGGACUCGGGCUUUACCUCCCAGGACACUCUCUGUCAGCCACCUCACACUGCUGCUCUUCAGGCUUCAGGGUUGUCAGAACACUCGGGUGGGUCUGAGGGCAGCACUCCUUCCCCCGCCACCACAAACGCCACCUGGCCCAACCUGACAGACCCGGCACUGCAGCACAAGCCAGCACCAACACUCGGCGACCGGCCUCACACCAUCUCCUCAGCAUACGAGAAGGGCAGAGACCGUCCACCGCUGACUGUGUACACCUUCCAGCCUCCUGAAGGACACAGUGGCUUGGGCUCCCCUCAGGUCUGCUCUCAGCCAUGCAGUCCUGUCUGUCUGGAGCUGGAGAGCAGUGGCAUGAAUCCCCUGAUGAGCCACACUGCUACCAUCUCCAGGCGCUCCUCCCGCACCUCCCUCCACCACAACCUGUCCUCGUCCAGCCAGGAAAGCCUCACAGCCUCAGGCAAAUCAAAGCCUCCCGUGCCAAAUCGCUGUUCGUCUCUGGAGCGACCAAUUGUGCCUGAGAAGAAGCCGGUCAUCCGAAGUCACCAGCAGCAGCCACCGCCGCCGCCGCAGCACUCACAGCGAGGAAUGCCACACUACAGCUCAAAUAAACUGCCUCUGUUGCCAGACUUCAACAAGGCAGCUCCGGACAUGAUUGUGCCUCAGCCAGUGUACAGCAACAUGGCAGAAAUAUGUGGCAGCGUGGGCAGUGGAGGCUACAUGCAGGUCAGCAGCGGCAGUGAGGCUGUGGAGCCUGAACGACCCAGCGGUGCUGUGGCUACACCCAACAAGGGCCCUGUGUCUGCACCAUCACCAGAGCUGAAAGCCUCAUCAGAGGAGUUUGAAGCAAGCAAGUACUGCACCCUGCGCCGCUACUCUGACUCACAGCAGCUGCAGCACUAUCAGCCAGGAAGAGUUGUCCUGCGCAGGCACCUCUCUCAGUCAGGUGUUGGCUCCAUGCCGAGUGGCACCCUGAGGAGGUCCGGCUCCCACGGCCACAAGCCGCCACCGCCGGUGCGGAGGACUCCCUCCAUUUCCACUAUCGCUACACCCACUCCAUCAUCGGCCAGCUCCCUCACCAACCUCAACCCAUCGUCAUCUUGCAUUAGCCUUAAUAACUCGCCCACUCACCUCAACUCCUCCAGCAGCACCCUUAGCAGUAGCAGCAGUAUAAAUGGCAAUAUAAACAGUGGUGGCAGUGGAAGUCCUAGUCAGGGAAGCAGCACCAGCAGUCCCCUGCAGCGCACAGACAGUGAGUCAAGUACACCUGUUGGCUCAUUAGAAAACCUUCCUCCUCCGCCAGCAUUCUUAUUGGAAGACGGUGCUGAAGACACCAACCCUCCUCCAGACCCAGACCUCACCACUCCAGAAGGAAUAAGGUUCAUCUGUGACCCGACUGGCCCCCCAGCACCCAUCCAGGAUAAGUGUCUGCAGCAACGUGUCAUGACUGUCAGUGACACUGUCAAGACCCUCCAGGAGAGUCACCAUCAGCCUUCCUCUCCUGUGACACACCGGCGGUCUCAGUCCUUGAGGUGCAACCAGCCUGCCUAUAAAGCAGUCCAACUUUUUGAAGAGCGUAGAGUUUCCCUGGAAGAUGCCAGAGCAUCUCUUAUGACUACAUUAAAUGCCCAACUUGCUGCUCAGAUCAACCAACAACAAAGCAAACAAGGACAGAAGCCCUACAUGGUGAGAGAAGGGAGCCAGUCUCCCCGCAUGAGUCGCUCUCGACUGGGCUCGGUGCAAGAAGUCACAGAAACUUUGCAUCAUCCUUCGACAAGUCAGCCAGCAGUACGUGAGGUCAAGCAAGACUUGAGCUCUGUUAAGAAGGAAGCAGAGCAAGUACUGCAGCAGCACCACCAGCAGCAGCACCACCAGCAGCACCACCACCACCAGCAGCACCACCACCAUCAGCAGCAGCACCACCACCAGCAGCAGCACCACCACCAGCAGCAGCACCACCACCAGCAUCACCAGCAGCACCAGCCAGUGCCUCAUCACCACCAUGUGACUCAAACACCAACAAAUUCAAAUCAAGUACUUGUACAGGAGUCUCAGCAAGUGCACCUGAAUGAGGAUAAGCAGAACAGCAGCACUCCUCCACAAGGCACAAUAUUGCAUAAAGAUCGUGGACAUGUGGCAUUUCUUGAUACUUUAAACAAAAAACUGGCUCAGAGACAAUCAGGUGAAGCAGCACCUUCCCCUGGAUCCCCAAAACUUAACUCGAGGAAAACCCAGUCAGUGGCGGCCCCAACACCACACCCAAAGCCUCACCCCAACGGCAGCACCCCCGUGGCCCUCGUGCAGCGGUCCGGGUCUGGUGCCAGUGAAAAGGCCUCAAAAGUUCGACAGUGGAUUGCCAGUAAAACAAUGAGUAGUGAAAAGAAAAGUAAUGCAGAGGUUGCUGCUCUAAGGGAAUCACUUCUUGACCAGAUCAAGCGUGGAAAACAGUUAAAGAAAGCCAAGUUUGUUGCUGAUAGGUCAGCUCCUCAAGUUUCUUGACUUAAUGUGAAAUGGCUCGUUAAGAAGUUUGAAAGGUUGGAGAGUCAAAGGAAAAUGGAAGCUCUGAAUACUGUGUGUGUGCACUACCCAAGAAAUCUUGCUACUUAGCUUGACACAUAAAUAUAGUGAGACAUAUAAACAGUAAUUGUAUUUCACUUUGUGACUGUAGCUCAAUAACAUCAUAACAACUUUAAUCAUGCUUAAAGUACUUAUGUAACUUAACGUUGUAACAGAUAUCUUGUCUAUUUAUCACCAAAUUCUGGUCUGUUAUUCAGAUAUAUGUGUUGGAAGUCUGCUAUUGGAGACAGUACUACAAGUAACUGGGUGUCAUGUACUACUUUUAGUGGUGUGUUCAGGUGUUCAUUGAUACAGAGCAGUUCAGGAGGAGUGAUUUCUUUGAUGCAUUUGACCUUGAUUUGCAUUUCAUACUGCUAGCAUAUAAACUAUGCUUUGUAUUAGCUAAGGAUGGUGUAUAUAGUUUCACAUGUUGGCCACAUUCCUUGGGUAUGGGUUAGGCAUGCAUUGUAACUAAAGCUGUGAAUUCUGAUGUUUUCUCAGUGCAUACAUACUACUCAGAAGCAUAUAUACUAUACAUAUAUUUACCUCUUUUCACUGUCUUGCAUAAUGUUACUUGGUACUGUACUACUACACUUCCUAAUACCUUGUUUGUGGAAAGGAUUGUGGCAUCUUAGUUUAGGCAGCAUAGCAAAGGAAAACUGUUCCAAAAUUGACAUGUCGAACAAAAUAUGCUAGUGCUGGAUAUCAAAUGUUCAAUGUUAGCCAGACUUAGUUUUUCCACUGAGUUAAAUCAGAUGCAAAAUAAGUCAAUGCUGAAAUUCUUUAGCUGAAUUGAAAUAAACAAUUACAUUUUCAUUAUUUUUUGUAUUGAAAAGUCAAGGAAAGUUUUGUUUGACACUGUAGUAUGUAUAGGAUUGAGGGCAUGGUACAGUUAAGGUUUGGGUACAGAUUUGGGAUUGAAGGCAGAUACAAUUCAGUAAUGAUAUCUUGUGAAAUGGCUAUACUGUAUUUGAAUGCUUCCACUUUGUUUGUGUAUGGCAAGCAAUAUUCAGUAUUCUGCAGAAUGAAAGGAUUCUGGAGUGCAAUAAUUGUAACCAAGAAGUUUAAACUAUAUAUAUAUAUAUAUAUAUAUAUAUAUAUAUAUAUAUAUAUAUAUAUAUAUAUAUAUAUAUAUAUAUAUAUAUAUAUAUAUAUAUAUAUAUAUAUGGCAUUAUUCAUGUUUAACACAGGUGUGAAAAGAGCUCUUCAUGAAAUGUGAUGACUUUAUUUGGUUCUCUUGGAAAAAUUGAAAGAGUUUGUAUUGGUUAGAGGUAAUAUAUUCCAUUUUCAUGCUGUUAAUAUUAAGAAUCCUAAAAAUAGAUCCUAAAUUUAACUCUAGUCACCUUGCAGUCAAAUCUUUUAUUGAAUAGAAUUUAUGAAUGAUAAUUAGGAUAUAAAACAGCAACUUUGGUUUUGCUGUUCCUGUACAGUAUAUAUUGUAUUGGUGGACAUAUCAGAAACAACAAAUACUGGUCUUGGAUAUCCACAUCAGCAGCAGAGUUAACUAUGCUUGCCAUAGAAAUGGAAUUUGGGUAUUUGUAAAAAAAUAAACAUAGAUUGCCCUCUUCAUACAGAAGAAAAGGAUGAAGAGAACCAUAUCAAAGACAAAUGAUGUAUAAAAUUAUUUUUUUAUAAUUUUCUCCAAAGCUCCAUAGUUUGAAUUACUAUGGCUUAGUUUAUUUGGAGGUGAGUGUGUAUUUUGUAGUGAAUCAGUCUCACAUCUUGGAGUGAAGGCUAUGGGGAGUGUGGGCCACACCAGUCACUGGCACUUAGCUCAACAAACUGACUUGGUUUUUGAUAUUUUUUAUGGCACACCCAUAGAGAUUUAGUUUGGUAGCAGUGUGACGGAUAGUAAUCCAUUCCAAUGUCAGGUGUAUUAGUGCCUUCUCUCAAUUGUUUAUGGAAGUCAGUUGUAGAUCUUGUACAUUUUUCAUUAAUAGUGGCAUUUUCAUUUUUGCUGAAAAUAAUACAAUUAAUUUCUAGGAAGUUUGUAAUGGCAUGUAGUCUAUUAUAACACUAAUAACCUUUUUUAAUUUGAAAAAGAAAAAAAAAUCACUGGGUCAUCUUUUAUACAUAUAAAGAGAUUUAAGUUUUAAUAUCCUGACAUUUACUGAGAAUGUUAUUUUUAUGGAACCAACUGUGUUUUCUUUCUACUUUCAUUACAAGAGAUGCGAGGUUGAUGCAAGUAGUACUUCUGGAAACAGGGACGGUAAACGUGAUAUUUGAAAUAAAUAUUGCCUUAGCACAGAGCACUAUUGUGUUGUCCUUGUUGAAGAUGGUCACUCUGCAGCAACCCACUUAGUUAUGCUCUGUCAGUUUGUGAAUGAUACUUAUACAUCUGUUUCAUUUUGAGCAUUGAACUUAUUUUGUGACAAUAAUUAGCUUUGAAGGAAAAGCUUAUGUGUUUAUAUAUAUAUACAUAUGUCUUAGGUUAUAAAUACUGAAGUAAAAUAUUAUUACUA